AUGGAGGCAUCCAACGGAUCCGAUGGAUCCGACAUGUCUCUUUCCUCACAACCCUAUCCGACCGUCUACACUGAUCACUCUCUUCUCAACUCUUCUCGCCGUGACAGCCGCUAUCCUAAGCCCGUGACGUCAACAUACAUACUUGGUUCUUGGAAAUUGAACAAGAUCUUAGAAUAUCCAGAUCAUGGAAAGUUCUUCAUCACUUAUUUCCAUUAUUCGGUUAUAAUCCAUUGUCAAUACCAGAACUGCGAGUAUGGCUCCUUGGAAGCAGGUCUCAGGAUGCUUCCUUUGGACGCUAAGAGUGAAGCUCUAUACGACGCCUUGCAGUAUCAUCUACAAAAUAUUGAAUUCGGCGCAAUUACCUUUCUCACGUUGAAAACCAUCGGAGGUACACUGGAAGUUCAAGUCAAAUCAUUGCACGAGAGAUCUGAUAUUAACGGGAAUAUCCUUGAGGAAUCCCCGAGUGUCUCUUCAAGAGGGGGCGACUUGUACCAAAGACACAAUGAAGAAAGCCGCCGGGAAGGGUUUCAUGAGAUUGAUCUUCGAACCAUUGAUCCCGGGACUUUGAGUUGCCCUAGUUUGGCUUCAGAAACUCCGACUACGUUGCGUCGCGAAAUUGCAGAAAAAUAUCCUCGAUCCAAAGCUAAGCCGACCAUGGUUGACGAUAACUUUGGUGCCAUCAGACAGAAGAUCGAGUCCGCACCAAAGGCAUUUGCGUCUCGCAGCGAAAUUGCGCGACAUAAGCUAAUUCACAGCGGCAUCAAACCACAUGCUUGUGAUUUCGAAGGCUGCGGGAAGCGAUUCACCCGGAGACCUAAUUUGACUAGACACAUGCGAGUGCAUACCGGAGAGAAGCCUUAUAUGUGCGAGCGAUGUAGCAAGAACCAGCAGGCACAACUCAUUCUCUCACAUAGCAUUCAGGUCAACUUCAUGGAUAUCGAGUCGCUAUUAUUGGAUCCGAACCAGUCAGAAGGGUCGCCCGGGCAAGAUUCUACUACUAUCGACAUAGACUCAACUGCAACUGGGAACUACCACGAGGUCGUUCAAGUGUCCGAGGAAUCUAUCGACUCUCAGGCAACAGACCAGAGAUUUUCCUACGAACAGCUGUUGCUGAUUCUCUCUUGCUUGUAUGUAACCACAGGAGAUCAUUAUCGCACUGGUGACGAGCGACCACUAGAUGAUAUCAUUCAACGGCAUCCAGAAACUUGGACGCGAACGCUGGACAAAGAGAGCUGGAAAAGUGUUCAUCAUGCUUUCAAUUCUAUAUCUUCCACAAUGGUUGCGUCUAAGGAGUUGAAGCUAUGGAGGAACAUUAUUCUCGACAAGCUACAGCGCCUGCCAGAUCAAAGUAUCCCUCCAAUAAUACCAGAACAAUUGGACUGGGAUUGGGAGCGCAGUGCUCAUCUGGUUUGUCUUCAUUAUGGAGUUUCAUCUGCCGAUCCGGAUAUGUCAAAAUUUUGGGACGAAGAGCGAUUUACCAGGCUUACCGAGAAGCUCAGCGGCUCUGCCAUGUUCCCGAACUCUCUUACUUUGGGGGAACUCAAGUCAGCGGUGAACAGCCUAGCAUUGCUGCUCGGUAAACCAGCUGAGCUAAAUCCAAGUCUAUUUCCGCUGAUGAUUCCGAGGGAUCGCACGAAGCGAUCCGCAGAGGGGGGCUUAGGUGGGCGGAAUGCCAAAAUCCCAAGGAGGAGACCUUGA